AUGGCGAACACCGGCUAUACCUCGCCAUUCCCCACCUCCCACGAUACAAUCGGGCAGUCCACCUUGGUAACCCCUCUCUUUAUGCCAUCGUCUCCUCCUCAGCAGCCGCUUAGCCCAUUGGGAACCCCCGAUACCGCCCAAACACCCGCAACCGAGCGUGUCACAGACAAAAGCAAACAGAACAGUAAUCACCUCAGUGAUGAUGACGAUAAUCAUUCUGUAAACGAGCUGGAUCAUGUCUCACGUCCGCCGACUCCCGGAAGCCCAACAGGCUCAGACCUGGAUGCGCGCCUUGCAGAUUACACCUUGGAUUUUAGUAAUUUCCCUAGUGGUCAUUUUGCCAUAGAUGGAAACGAGGAUACUUUGCCACCCUUUCACAAGGAGGCUGAUCAAUUGUCGGACGUGGGAGGACCCGAAGACUUUACUGCGAAUAUGGAGAAAUACCUGAUGGGUGAUCUGAAUGACGGGGAACAAGAUGGAGAAGUAGACUUUGGAUCAGUGCGACGAUCUUUCCAGAAGUCAAAACAACCCGCGAUUGAGGAGGCAGACUCAGUAGAGUACAGCGAAUUUGGCCCGCCAGUCGACAUGUCAACCCCGUCGCAUCUCCUCCACAGACCGAAUACCCUCCCGAAGGAUGCCACGCACUUGGAGGACAUCGAAGAAUACCCUGAUGAUAACGAAGGGCCAGAUUCAGCAUCCCCUUCCGUUCGAAAAUUGUCCGAUGCUUCGAGCCACCAACCAAACCAACAGCAAGAUCUUCGCCAACAGGUUGAACACCUCCAACAUGCCCUGAGGGAACGAGACGACCAACUCCAAAAAAGUCGCAACCGUGUUCUUGAAGCAGUCUCUGCCGGCGAACAGAUUCGUCACCUUCAGAUAGAACUGGAACGGAAGAACGAGCUCCUAGAACAAGCCCAGAUCAAGAGUAGUGAGGAUGCGAUGCUCCGUGAGCAGAUUCAAUCCCUCCAGAAAGAAAAUCAAGAUCUUCAAAAGCGGCUGGAACGAUCUAACAGUGAGAAGGAUCUCAAUCCUCUCCUUGAGCAGAUUCAUCACAUGCAACAGCAGCUACGAGACCGUGAGUCGCAAAGUGAUAUGGAUAAGGAGCGACUAGAGACUAUCGCGCACCUGCGUCAGCAACUUGCUCUCUCGCAAGAGCAAGCAGGAAAGCGAGAUCAAACUCUAGAAGAGACCUUUGCAAAGCUCAAGGAAGUGGCGCAAGCCAACGAUUCCAAGGAUACACAGUUGCAGCAGAAGAACUCCGAGAUCGACCAGCUCCAAGGUCAAAUUGAUGACUAUGGCCUGGAGAAUGAAAAGUUAGAGGCAGAACUCGAGCGGGCUCAUAAUGACCUCCAGGUGUUGGAGGAACGCUUCAUUGAUUUGGAGACCCGUAACAAGCCCCUGGAAGAAAAGAACUCGACACUCGAAGCCAGCCUCACCCGUGUUCAGUCCCACAUGGAAGCCCAAGAGAGUGCACUGAAAGCAGCUGCAGCAGACCUUCCUAUUAGCGGACACAGCACUUACAGUGAGAUUCUUGAUUUGAUUAAAGACUUAGGGCAUGGGGACCCAGAAUCCGCACCUCAGUCCCCAUUCCUAAAGGAUAAAUUCCCAGACUCCCAAACCACGCUGCAGUCACCUAAACCUGACCCUGCGACAGCGCACCAGAAGGAGCUCGCCAUGUUGCAACAGGAACUCCAAGCGGCUCUCGCCGCCCAAAAAGCCUCAGAUGCUGAAGUCAGCCGUCUACAAGGUGAAGCAUCUGGAUCCCAGACCCUGCUCAAGACCAUCGAGGCCGAGAACUCUCGCCUCACAAAUCGGGUUACCGAGCUAACAACAGCUCUCAACAAAUCGCAAACCGAUUUGGCACGGUCCAAGGAAGAGCACGCCGAAUCUAUGGAGACAAUCGCCCGCCUUCAAGAAGAAAAGAUACUUGAACCCCCAAGCCCACCCCGUUCUCAACCAAUUCCCAACUCAGAAUCCACCUCACUCCUCGAGGCAAACCACCAAACCCAGCUCCGCUGCCUCCAAACCGCGCACUCCACAGCAGUCUCAACUCUCCGUGCCUCGCACGCAGAAUCCAUGCGCAAGAUCCGCCACCUCCUCACAUCAGCCGAGGAACGUGAAUCCACUCUCCGGGACGACCUCGCAACCCUCCGCUCAACAUCCGCAACCGCAGAAACGCAGCUCAAGAAAUCCUUCAAAACCGAACUCAGACGUCUGGAAGCCGUCAUUGCCGCCAAAGACGAGACUGCGGCGGCGGUCGACCAACGCAUCGCCCUCUCUGUUGAUAAACGUGAACGUGAGUGGGAGCGGCGUAUCGAUCUGCUUCUUAAGGAGCGCGACCGCAUGGCGAAGGCGCUUAUGUUGUCUUGGGGAGAGAAGGAAAUGGGCCGUGGACCUGGCCUGGCGGAGGGAAAGGAGAACCGGCGCAGUGAGAAGGGUGGACAGGCUUACCGCUACAAGUAUGCCACGAAGAAGCCAAAGAGUGAUUCCAAGGCUUAA